AUGAUCAACGUGAGCAAUGAAAAUGCUUCUACUGUUGACAGCAUUACCGAUUUUACCAUUAUGAGCUACAAUUGUCUGGCAUCUAAUUUGGCAAAAUCUCAAUAUUUUCCUAAAAGUGAUCCGGUUUAUCUCGAUUUUGGCUAUCGAUCAAAAUUAUUCGAAGGCGAAUUCAAAAGGUUCGACUCCGAUAUCGUUUGUGUGCAAGAAAUGAACAAGAACGAUUUUCAAACGUGGCUUCUUCCCUAUAUGAUUCAGCUGGGUUAUGCACCCGGUCUAUUCUCCGAGCGUGGAGGUACGGCUGAAGAUGGAGUAUCGACAUUCUAUAAACGUGAUAAAUUUUCAUUGCUUCAUUACGAACGUUUGGGCUAUUCAGACUAUGCUGAAGCGCAAUAUAAAUCAUGGAAAAAUAAACUACCCCUCGAGCAAUUCAAUUUGGCCACGUAUAAUGCCGCUCUUUUCUGCAAUCUAAAAAUGUUGAAAAAUAACAAGUCAGUAUGGAUCGUCAACACGCAUAUUAACUGGAAUACAGCCCAUGCGCACACACAGUUGUUUCAAGUCAAGGCAUUACUGACUGAACUCGUUCGACUCAAUCAAGAUAACACAACAUUUGUGAUUGUCGGGGAUUUUAACAGCAAACCAGAGUCGAUCGUUGUCGAAUAUCUGCUCAAAGGUUAUGUAGAAACAACUUCACUUCAUUACAAGAACGUUUACGACAUGUACUCGACGAUAUUUGAUAGCAAGGAACGCAGUGGUCAAUAUCUUGCAGAGAAACAUAGUUUCAAGACGAUCGAGAGUGCCUACAACGAACAAACAUUCCAGCUACCAUUUACAUCGCGGAUUGCGGGUCACUUUGAGGGUUCAAUAGACUGGAUUUGGUAUCAGAAAGACAAAUUGAAACCCGUCGUGCUGCUGAACGCGUUGAACACCGACGAUGAAAAAGUAUUGCAGAAAGAACGAGACAAGUUUACUCUACCGAACGAGAAACAUCCGAGUGAUCAUCUGCCAAUUAUGGUAAAAUUUCAAUUUUUAUCUACAAAUUAA